AUGUCGGAUAUGUCGAUUCCUCCCCCCCCUCCUGGGAUCCGCCCUACGACCCCUAUUCCCGUCUCCCACCAGAAGCUUCUGCUCCGUGCUCGCACCACCAAUUCGCGGUCAUUCAAUCUCGACAGCAUGCCGGAAUCGCCUCCAGAAGAGAGCAGGAGCUACAGCAACCACAGCUUCGCCUCCUUCAUGACUUCACUGAGCAGCUUUGAAAGCGCCUGUACUUGGCAGAAUGCAAAGCUCAAACUCGCCGACGAGCCAGGCUUGGUUGCGGUCAGCCAGUCACCUGACGGCAAGAGGCUGGCGGCAGGAGGAGGCAACGUGCUGUCGAUCCUGGAUAUGAGUGAGCUCACCCGCCGUGGAGGAAACAUGAAGGUCAUUCAGAACAUCCUUGCCAAGAGCAGGAUGGAGACUCAAAGGUCAGCUCGUCACAAGUCUGCUGGUAACGUCCAGGACUUGCGCUGGCAUCCUGCAUCGCAACAGUUUAUCGCGUCCGCUGCAUCCAACGGCUCGAUCCUCCUCUGGGACAUAACCACCAAUGGCAACGUGGUGUGGGAAGGGAAAGACCACACCAGGACUGUGUGGAGGCUUGCGUGGUGCCAACCGAGCGGUAAUGAGUACCUGCUAUGCAGCGGCUCUCUCGAUGGGACGAUCAGAUUGUGGGACCGUCGGGGCAGCUGCCACAGCUGCAUCUCCAUCAGCAAGCACAACCAGCAGGAGGCCGUGAGGGACCUCAGAGUUUGCGGGGCCGACCCUUGGAAGCUAGCAGCUGGGCUGGAAUGUGGAAACGAGGGAGCGAUCGUCGUUUGGGACCUGCGUGCUCCCCAGCAGAAGCCUCUUUUCCGCGUGAAGGAAGAGACGGCAGUUCAUGCGGUUGACUGGCACCCCGAGCACUCGUCGAUCCUUGCGACUGGGCGAGCAUCGAGAGCGCAUGCUGCCGGUUGCCUGAAAGUCUGGGACAUGAAGGAGGCAGGAGAUGGGACGGAGGCGCUUCCUAUUGCCAAGAUCAUCACCCCAGACGGCGUGUCCAACAUCAUGUGGAGGCCAACCUACCGCACUCACGUCGCCACCACCUACAUGAGCAGGCUCGCUAACGUACACGUGUGGGACCUGCCGAGUUUCUGGACGCCUCUAGCGAGCCUGUGCGGUCAUACGAAGCCCGUCACAGACAUGGUGUGGCAAGAUGCGCAUGUGUUCUCGCAGCCAAACCAGCUGUCGGACGACUGCUGCUGGAUAUUCUCCUGCUCCAAGGACGGCACAGUACAGCGCCAGCACCUGCAGAACGGCUACCUUCCCUUCCGCCAUAUGCGCAACUCCACCUUCUCUGCCGACUGCUACGGCGAUGUCUACAGCUCUUACUCCAAGGUCAAUCGUGACACUUCUCAGCUCACCGAGAAGACGCCCAACGCCCGUCAGAUGGCGAAGUCCGGCAGCUUCCUCCAUGUCUUCCCCUCCCUGCCAAAGGGCAAGCCAGCAAGGAAAGCCGGAGGCCCCCUCAGUCGGGCCAGCAGCGGGGGCUCCAUAGCAGGAGCGGGAGCAGGAGCAGGAGACAGCGAGGUGGUAGUGAUGAGGAAACUAGCAUCCCGGUACGCUGUCGGGGGAGGAACAUGGAAAGAGCUGUGCCGCACGAACAACCGAGCAUGCCUGGAUCUCGGGCUGACACACACGGCAGCAAGCUGGAGCUUCUUGUCGAAACUGUCUGAAGGGUCGGAGGUCCAGGGAGAGAGACAUGGAGGGGGGUCAAGCUCGAGGCCAGAGAUCAACUGCCCGCCUUCUAUCUCCUUCUCCUCCACCCCAGACCUUGUUGAUCCCCUCUUGGGCGACAUGAUGCGGAAUGCGUGCCUGUGCGGCGACGUUGUCACGUGCGCUACGAUGGCUCUCGUGCUCGGCAGGUCCAGUCUGGAGAGGAUAGGAGUAACGAAGCUCGAGUUCGUCUCAUGGCUGAACGGCUACCUCGACUUGCUCUUCAAGCUUCGACUCUACAGUAUCGCCGCUGUGGUUAUGAAGAGCUGCGGAGGAAGCGGCGAGGGACUUGACGAGUCGGACGCCAUCGUGCAGAUUGCACAGAGGAACAUGCGCAACACCAGCGUGCGGGUCAAAUUCGGCAGCUGGAGGACCAAGAAGGAUGCCAAGAAGACUGCUGCCGCUCAGCUGAGGGAUGAUCAGGGAGUGAGCAGGGAAGGAGCGCUGGUUCCCCCGGGCAGCCCCAAGAGCCCUAGCAGGAUGCUCCCUCCUCUCCCCUCCAACGACUCCUUCCGCCUAGCCGCUGCGAGGGGACGGCAUACACCGCUCCCUCAGCGAGCUGCGACUCUCCGAGCAGGCAGCGGGAGUCGCGAGGGCGCCGAUUUCUCAAGCUCGGGGGACAACCUUGCGGGAGAGGACAGACCCUGGUUCGCCUGCUCCGGCUGCGAUGUCAAAGUCAAGGGCGACACUCCCAACUGCAGCAACUGCGGGCACUCCGCAAUCCGAUGUGCAAUCUGCAGGUUGUCUGUUCAUGGCGCCUUCAUGUGGUGCCAGGGCUGCGGGCAUGGCGGUCACAUGCAACACAUGUACAAGUGGUUUCAACGGCACCCGUACUGCCCUGCAGGAUGCGGGCACAAGUGCCUCCCGUCAUCGGAGAGCCGAUGA